CUACGAACCGGGCUACCAGCUGAAACAAACAAUUUAUAUUGAAGCUGGCCACGUAAAUCGUGACGUGAAGUGGAAAUGCCACAUCAAUACACGGCCUGUUAAGAAAAUGUAUGGCACUAGAAGCUGACAAGGUGUUGAAGAAGGGGGUAUCAACAUAAAGUGGAAAUGGAGGAAAAAGCAAAAUAUUCUUUACUGCGGGGGGAAUUGGUGGACACACAAAGCAUAUGGACACGUCACGAGAAACGCGUAUGGUUCAUAACGCUGAUAACGGGUACUUGUAUGCUCUAUUCCACGCGCACGACUAUGCCGCUGUUAAUGCCAGCAGUGGCAAGUGCACAGAAAUGGAGUAAAACAGAUUCUGGGACUGUGCUCAGCUCUUUCUUUUGGGGCUACACAUUAACUCAAGUGGUGGGCGGUUAUUUCAGUGACCGCUUCGGUGGCCAGCGUGUUAUACUAUAUGCUGCCAUCGGCUGGUCAUUAAUCACAUUUCUUAUGCCCACAGUAAUAUGGGCGGCAGCUGCUGUCAAAAGUUAUGCUAUACCAUUUAUAGUUUUGGUGCGCAUUCUUAAUGGCGCCUUACAAGGCAUGCACUUUCCCAGUAUGAUUAGCUUGACCAGCCAGAAUCUUUGCCAAAAUGAGAGGAGCAGCUUCUUUGGGUUGCUUACUGCCGGUUCCGCCAUGGGUAAUUUGCUCACGGGAAUAAUGGGGUCAUUUUUGUUGGAUUAUUUUGGAUGGUCAUAUGUGUUUCGCGUGAUUGGUCUGUUAGGUUUCGCUUGGGCGCUGGUUCUUCGAUAUUAUGCCAUGGCUGGCGAGCGAACACGGAUCAUAAAUAUCUCGAAUCCGUCACGGUUGUGUGUUAAUAAAGCACCAGCGGAGUCUGCAGUACCCUGGCUUCGAUACUUUAGUCGUUUGUCAUUCUGGGCUUGUGUUCUUACGCACGCCUGCGAGAUGAACUGCUUCUUUGUGUUGCUUUCCUGGCUUCCAACAUAUUUUCACGAUGGUUAUCCAGACGCCAGAGGCUGGGUAGUCAACAUGAUUCCUUGGCUGGCCCUUCCGCCUUGCACAUUAUUGGCAAGAUACUUGACCACAUACCUGUUGGCUCGAAAUUGGUCAACGACGACGGUGCGCAAGCUCAUCCAGAGUUGUUGCUUUGCUGCACAGAAUAUAGCGCUGUUCAUAAUGAGCCGUACAUCCGAUUUUCAUACGGCACUUAUAUGCAUGACUGUUAUUAUUGGUGGCACGGGCUUUCACAAUAACGCCGUGACUGUAAAUCCACAGGACUUGGCGCCGCUACACUCAGGGAGCGUGUUUGGCCUAAUGAACACUGUGGGCGCAUGCCCCGGAUUCCUAGGCGUCUAUUUAGCGGGGCACAUCCUGGAACUGACGCAGAGUUGGCCUCUAGUAUUUAGUGCGGCGGCAGGCAUCAACCUAGUUGGUUGGGUUAUAUUUGUAGUAUUCGGUUCCGCUGAAGCAAUUGUAUAAUUCCUUAAAAUUUACAUUCUGUUGACAUAUAGCUGUGCGCUGUUAUUUAUACAUAUGUAUGUAAUGCCUGUAUAUAAUUUAAGGCCCGUACAUUAAGUAAAAUAUAAACUACUGCUGUUAGAGUAGAUUAUCACAAUCUCUAAGUAUAACGUAUUUUAAGUAAUAUGAUGGCAUUUCAUGGCGUAAAUAAGGCAUAAAUCAACCCUCUGUCCUUCUAUUUAAAAACUCUAAUAAAAAGUAAAAUUGUUUUAUAAUGUAA